UCUCCUCCUGCUUUUAUCCUUUUAGCCUUUCAAAGAUCGUAAAAUCUUCUUAUUAUUACAUAACCUAAUGUUACAUAACUAUUUUUUAAUACGUUAGACUUAAACUAUCAUUAUUUUUCAAGGUUAAUUUAACUCGCAUUUUACAUAAAUCCUACAAAGUUUAUCAAAAUCUAGUUUUUGUAAAAAUCAGUAUAGAUUGUACUUAUCGAUGUUAUUUUCGUUUUUCUCAUAAUCACUUUAUAUUACAUAACAAACAGGAAAAAUUGCAUUUACUGAUGAUUACUGAGUUCAAUCAUGCACUUUGACCUAGAGCAAGAUUAUUUAUAUAUUAGGAUUACCUGCAAACAUCUUUAACAGAAACAUUUACAAACGUAAAGAUAACAGUGAUGCAGUCUAUAGAAAUGUAUAAGUUCUUAAUUGUAUUUUUGACUUUCACAGUCACAUCAGUUGUUUCAUCGAGAUGUGGAAAAGUAUUUUACGAUCAAGACAAUUAUUACAAAAUUUACUGUUUUAAAGCAAAUGGAGGGGUUUCGUCAAUAAAACUGAAUAAUAAUGUAACAAUUGAAGAAGUACAAUCUACCGAUAAUAGAGAGUGCUUCAAAAUAAUAAAACCUCAACGAACUAAUUAUGAAAUUAGCUGCUGGCAAGAGCUUGAAGAAGAUUGCGAAGGUGACAAUGACGUUUAUCAAAGAUAUUGGAAUGAAGAGAGUGAUACAAUUAAGUGUAAGAAGGUCAAUAAAAGGGAUUACAAACAUAGAAGAAUAUACUACCACGGAAUAACGAACGGAAACUUAACGGUUAUAUUUGAAAUUAGUAUUGUUCAAUAUAGGCUUGUUUAUGUACCAGACCUACAACCUAAGAGAGACUGA